GCUGAACUUGGUGCAAACUCAACAAACUAAUCACGAUGGAACAUCUGCAAGCUCUCGGAUUAAGUGAUCAAAAAAUCAAGGACACACUGAAAAACGCAUCGCUGACGGGAACGAUUUCUCGAGCCUUCUCCUAUUUGCCAAGCAAUGUGGAAUUGAGUGCGUCGCAGAAGUCACUGCUAUUUCAGAUGUGCUCAAAACUUAAACCUCAAAGUGCCCAUUUCCUGGAGAUGUUGGUGCGUAAAAUCCACACGGGCGCUCUGGACACCAGCCUCCGGGUCGACACGGCGCUCGAGUAUGUUCUAACCAACGUGGCAAAGACUGCUUUCGACGAGGCAGCAUUCGAUAAGGCCUGUGGAGUAGGGGUUGUGGUGACACCGGAAGAAGUGGAAUGCGCGGUGGAAAAGACGAUAGCAAAACACCGACAAGAUAUUGUAGCGAAUCGUUACGGAUUCAACGUGGGCAAACUUCUGACCGAGAUUCGUUCCUUAUUACCAUGGGUAGACGGAAAAGCACUGAAGUGUGAAGUGGACGUGCAAAUGUUCGAUUUGCUUGGUCCAAAGACUGAGGCCGAUAAUGCACAAGGGAAGAAGAAACGAGAAAAGCCGGGUUCGGCCGAAGAUGCCUCUAAAAUAGUUGCCAGCAAGUUGCCUGAACAAUUGAAAGCAACCAGCAGCGCUCAACAUGAAGAACGACCGUUCGAUGGACCACGAACGAUGGUCGAUCUGAUGCGGAAGGUCGACUUCCAUCGACCAGGGGAAAAUUUCAAAACAGACGGCUAUGUCGUUACAUCGGACACGGAGCGGUUGUUGAAAGAGCAUGUCCAGCGAACUGGAGGCAAAGUUCGAACUCGUUUCCCGCCAGAGCCCAACGGUAUUCUGCACAUUGGCCAUGCAAAGGCGAUCAACAUAAACUUCGCGUUCGCCGCCGCAAAUGACGGCGUGUGCUUCUUGCGUUACGAUGAUACCAAUCCAGAAAAAGAGGAAGAAAAAUUUGUUCGUGGCAUUCGAGAUAUCGUAGAAUGGCUUGGUUACAGCCCAUUCAAGGUGACCUAUUCGUCUGACUACUUCCAGCAGCUGUAUGAAUUUGCAAUACAGCUUAUUAGCAAGAAUUUAGCAUACGUUUGUCACCAAACUGCCGAGCAAAUGAAAGGCUUCACGACUGAGGUAUCGAAGUGGCGUGAUCGUCCGAUUGCUGAAAACUUGGCCCUGUUCGAAGACAUGAAAAACGGCAAAAUUGAUGAAGGUGCCGCUACAUUGCGCAUGAAAAUUACGCUGGAGGAAGGCAAAAUGGAUCCGGUGGCUUACCGGAUCAAAUUCAUACCCCAUCACCGUACCGGCACGCAGUGGUGCAUCUAUCCAACGUACGAUUACACGCACUGUUUGUGCGACAGCCUGGAAGACAUUACACAUUCGCUGUGCACGAAGGAGUUCCAAUCUCGCCGCUCUUCGUAUUACUGGCUCUGCAAUGCGCUCAACAUUUACUGCCCAGUACAGUGGGAGUACGCACGAUUGAACGUCAACUACACCGUCGUGUCGAAGCGCAAGAUCAACAAGCUUAUCACUGAAAAUAUCGUCAACGAUUGGGAUGAUCCGAGAUUGUUUACCCUGUCGGCGCUCCGUCGUAAAGGAUAUCCUGCCGAAGCAAUUAAUAAUUUUUGUGCUCAAAUGGGAAUAACCGGAGCCCAAACAUCCAUUGAUCCGUCCGCUCUGGAAGCUGCCGUCCGUGACGUUCUUAAUGUCACUGCUCGACGCACGAUGGCUGUGCUGUAUCCACUCAAGAUAACCAUAGAAAACUACCCGCACAACGGUCCCACACGAUUGACCGUAGCCGAUUUUCCCAAUUGUCCCGAAAAGGGCUCACAUGAAGUUUGGUUCGAUCGAGUUGUCUACAUUGAACAGUCUGACUUUGCCGAGCAAGCCGACAAGUCAUUCCGACGCCUAACGCCUGGCCAAACGGUGGGACUCAAAUACGCUGGACUAAUGUUGAAUGUAGAGAAAAUAAUUCGAGACGCAAAAACAGCCUCCGUAGAGUUGGUGUGUCGGAGCGAACCGUGCACAGCAACGAACAAACCGAAAGCGUACAUCCAUUGGGUUUCCAAGCCCGUGCAGACGGAGGUACGGCUGUACGAGAAGCUGUUCCGUCACAAAAACCCGGAGGAUACCGGUGAUGUUCCAGGUGGAUUUAUAAGCGACUGUGCGCCGAACACAAUGCGCUCGACUUGCGCCUAUGUCGAUGAGCAUCUAAUCGGUAGCCAAAUUUACGAAAAGUUUCAAUUUGAACGAGUCGGCUUCUUCUCUGUCGAUCCGGACACUGCCGAUUCCGGCCAGCUUGUGUUUAAUCGUACAGUCAUGCUGAAAGAAGAUUCAGGCAAAAAUAAUUAACGAUCCGUUAACGGUCGUUAAAUAAAACUUGUCACAUGUGCUCGGUGUGAUUAAAUGUCGAUGUCGUACACCACACUGAAAGUCACCAGCAAAUAGUUACUGCAAUCAUGCUGUGUAGCUUCGUGCGUGAUUGGUUAUAGCGCCUUAAACAAUAUAACAAUAAAAUUCGAACA